AUUAUGUCUUCACCCUAUAUGCCGUUUUCGCCAUUUUUUGCCACACAAACGGAGGAACCCACAAUGGACUCUGCAAUCAAAGAGCUGGAUACUGAGGGGCUUAUUCAGUUUUUAAAGAAAAAAAACUUAGAGUUAAAGGAUUCAAGCUAUGAAAUUUUAAAAAAACAAGAAAUUCCUGAAUCUGUCUUCUCUAAUUUUACAGAAGAUGAAUUUCGUAGCAUGGGAAAAGACUUUAAAGAUGUUUUAAAAGAAUUCAGAAUCGUUGGGACUAGCAUAGGAGACAUACCACAGUUUACGCCUGACCAAGUUGCCCAUUCUGGGAACCUACUUGCCGACGAUAAUGAAAGGGAACGUUGUGAAUAUGUAGAAUCUAUCCUGGAUUCAGCGAUACAUAUUGUCAAAAGGAUCACAAGAAAACAGGUUACUCGCUACCCGCAGAUGGAAGUUACCAGAGAAGAUAAUAUUGGGUUUAUGCAAAAUCUGCUUCAACUUCAAAGUGUAUCUCAAAUCAACAAGUGCAUUAUCGGUAAUGUUUUCAGGGAGAAGGAUUAUAUUUAUGGAAUAGUAACAAUAGCAGAAGUAUGGUAUUUUUUAAAAUAUACCAAUGAGGGAAUUGCUUGCACGAGUAAAAAUCCGCUUAAGGUUGAAUUUAAUGAAUCUGCAUUAGAAAUUUUAAAUGAGGAACGUAAUUUACGUAAUAAUCUAAAAAGGAUUAUUGAGAUUAUUACAGGUUUAUUAAUAGAUAAAUUGGGGGAUACUGAGCCACCGGUGAAGAAGCAAAGCAAUAAAGAGAAUACCAAUCUAAAAGCUGAAGUAGCAAAAUUAAGAUGCGACAUCUUGGAAAUCAAAUUACAAACCAGAGUUAAUACUGAUGAACAUGUUGCAUCUCAUAUUGAAGUUAUUUCGCAGUCUGAUAAGAAGAAAGACAUUAAUUCUGAUCUCUUGUCUGAACCAGAUUUCUCGAAAACUAAAAUAUCUGAAUUGCAACAAGACAAUAGCACAAAAAAUGAAAACAGAAAUCCAAGCUGUAGCCAAAAUAUUAUGACUGAAUAUCAACCAAGCGACCCCGGGACUCACCCUCAUAUGAAUGAGAAUUCAUAUGAUUCUAUAUCUCUCGCCAAUAUAACCACAAACGAUUCAAUUCAGAAAGAUAGUCAAAUUGAGAUGCAAAAAUUUAUACAAGAGUUGAGUUUGGAAUUUGUCUUGGAAUCAAUCGAAGUUAUUAACAGAAAUAGAAAGCAGG